GUAUCCGUGGUUCGAUCAGCAUUUCUCGUCAGCCUUUCCCGGAGGUAGUAGCUUCCACGUCACCUUACGUCUAAAAGUGAAGCCACACGACAACAGCAAUACUCUACUUGAGGCUGCUGACAACACCCUACCUUUGGUAGACGCAACACAAACGAAAUACCCCCAAACAAGCAUGCUUCGUCGUACGCUCCCUCGGGCCUUCUCCGCGGCCUCCCGCGCAGGCCUCCCGCUGAAUGGUGCUACCAUGAACCAGAGUGUCACACAGGCCAAGUAUGCUGUCCGAGGUGCUGUGCUGGAACGCUCAAUGGAGCUCCAACGCAAGAUGGCAGCCGGGGAAAAGCUCCCCUUUGACACGAUCGUGCCGUGCAAUAUCGGCAACCCUCACGCCUGUCUUCAAGUCCCACUGAGCUUCCACAGAGAGGUUUUGUCCCUGUGCAUCAGCCCUAACCUAGCCAGCGACCACCCGCAAAUUUUCAAGAAGGACGUGGUGGAGCGAGCGAAGCACUAUGCUGCUGGCCUCACUGGUGGCGUUGGCGCCUACACCAACAGUCAGGGGAUCCCCGCCGUCCGCGAGGAGAUCGCAGCUUUUAUUGCCGAAAGGGACGGGCACCCGGCACACGCGGACCGCAUUUACCUCACCAACGGGGCGUCAGAAGGUGUACGGAUACUGCUGACGUGCCUUCUGAGAUCUGGAGGGGUACAAGACGGACUGUUGACGCCUAUCCCGCAGUACCCUCUCUACUCGGCGUCCUUAACGCUGCUGGGAGGGGCUUUGGUUCCAUACCACCUCAACGAAGGCUCGAGCUGGGGAGUUGAGAUGGACAACCUGCGCAGCACCCUCGCGACCGCCCGCGCUGAUGGCACCGAGGUCCGAGGUAUCGCUAUCAUCAACCCGGGCAACCCUACCGGAAAUAUCUUGGCCGAGGAGCAAAUAAAGGACAUCAUCAAGACGCGAAACACUACAAGGGAUGAACCGCAACAGAUGGCCGUGGACGAAAAGUUGGUGAUUCUGGCCGACGAGGUGUACCAAGCGAACAUCUGGAAGAAAGGCGCUUCGUUCUCGUCGUUCAAGAAGGUGGCGUGCGAUAUGGGCUACACUGGCAAGGAUGGCGACGAGCGGUUGCAGCUGGUCUCCUUCCAUUCGACGUCAAAGGGUUACUUCGGCGAGUGCGGGUUGCGUGGAGGUUACAUGGAGGUGCACGGCAUUGGCGCAGAGGUACGAGCAGAACUGUACAAGCUGUCUUCGUUGUCCCUGUGCUCCAACACGAUCGGACAACUCGCCACCGGCAUCAUGAUCAACCCUCCCAAGGCGGGGGAUCCGUCGUUCGAAACUUUCCAAAAGGAACGCGACGACAUCCUAUCUUCCCUGGAGAGGCGCAGCAUUAUGGUACACAAGGCGCUAAACGAUCUUGAGGGAAUCACGUGCAACGAGGCGGAUGGCGCCUUGUAUGCUUUCCCGCGCAUCCGCUUGUCGAACAAGGCCAAGCAGGUGGCCGAGGCCAAGGGGGUGGCUGCUGACGAGUACUACUGCCUCAAGAUCCUGGAUGAGUCGGGCAUUGUGCUUGUGCCGGGAAGCGGUUUCGGUCAGGAGGAGGGCACCUUGCACUUCCGCACCACGUUCCUUCCCGCCGAGGAGACGAUGCACGAAACUAUGAAGAUCAUGGCCAAGGCCCACGGAAAGUUCAUGGAUGAGCACCGCGACUGACUCGACACCCAUGGGUUUUGGGCAGGAAACGGGUCAAGCACAGAGCUGGUUGCAGUGGUUCUCGCCGCUCGCAUUGCUCACUAGUGCAAUAACUCACACAUCGGGACUGCAAGGCGUUCAAGAUCUAAAGUUUUCAUGUACUCCUUGGUUUGAAGGUGCCAGCACGACAGGUGUUUCGUGCACUACGGGAACAUAGCAGCGAUCCAAAAUGUUUUGGACCUUUGUUCUGCAUUAUUGUGUCUCCUUUUUCGGUGUGUAUUUCUGCCGGCAUGCAUAUCGCUACAAAACAGACCGUGUGUGGGUCUUCAUAAUGUUGUCUCCUUCGUAUUCCAUGUGUGUUUUAGAAGCCUUCCGGACCUCUGGACGUGAGUUCGAAUCUCGUCAUUAGUCAGUGACACGAGCUGGGUUUCCUUUACAUCCUUUUCAGGUGCAAUUGACGUCAAAUAGGCGACGGAUACGCUGUGCGAGUUAUUGAUCUACUAAUACGCUGGACAAAAAUGCAUAGAAGGAAUUAGACACUGCUGCUUCAUUGCCCUCAAGCUAACGCUUGAGCUAUAUGGCCCACAAGCAGUGGACAACAGAUCCAUCCCAGGCUACCUCCGAUAACUUUUGUUGGUACGAUAGAUUUUGUGGUAUUUCUUUCAGAAAUCCUGCUGUAGACAGCAAGAGAUUUCGCUGGCGGUCUUCCGACAGACAUGGUUGGCGACAAAAUAUUUCGUUGGAUUUCUUCCAGGUAAAUGGGGUGUACAGUCCUGUCCCCUGUUACGUUGGCCUUGGAGCUGUUGUGUUUUUAAAUAGCGAUGGCCAUUGGUGACAACAUAGUAUCUUGGUGGUGUAGGUAUUUUGUUACCAAGUUCCAUCGAUUUUACUGACUGCGAUUUUAAGUGUCAAAAUGCUUAUUUUUCUCACGGAAAGGUGUAGACUGACUUCAGAAAGAUGGGACGAACACAAAUGCACACACGGCUUUGGGAGUGACGGAGACGAAGGACGGGGAAAGGGAAGAAAGGAGGACGAAGACGAUGAUGGAUUAAGAAAACAUGAAGGAGUG